AUGUCAUCAAAAAAUUCAGAAAUUCCAAAUUUAUAUUAUAUACACAAACAAUUAGUUUUGCCUAAUUCGGAAUAUUCGGAUAAAUUAAAUGAAGCAAUUUCUAGAGAAUUAAUUGCCAGAUUUGGGACAAUGUCACAAGCAUUAAUUAAUAGACAUGUAAAAAAUAUUUAUAAUAAUGAAAAUGUUUUACAAAACAGCUUAAGUCCAACAGAAUUUCGAAAUAUUUCAAUUGAAGAAAAUGAAGGGGAAGAAAGUAAUGAAAUGAAUAAUGAUGAUAGUUUUGAUGAUAGUGAUAGUGUUAAAAUAAUUUUUGGGUAUACAAAAGAAAGUUGGCCUAUUGGAGAAGAAGAGGCAAGAGAAAAAUUAUUAUUAAUUUUUAAUUAA